AUGGAGCUAGCGUACCAAUACACCAAGCCGCGCCGGACCUUUGGCCGGCACUGCGACUUCAAGCAUGUAGAGGCCAAGGUGCUCGAAGCGAUCCCGGCCACCGACUCGUUCGACCACGACUACGUCAAGCGCCGGCCGAUGGUCGCGCGCCUUGACACGACGCCCGACAUGUCCGAGCACGAGGUCAACACGGAGCGCCUCAUUACAAAAAACAGCUCGAUGCGCCACGUCGAGGGUGGGUGGCCUAAAGAUGUCGACUCGGCCGAGCAAAACGACGUCCAGCGCUUCCGAAAGAAGGUCGAGAAGGACGACGAGUACAAGCAAGCGGUCAAGUUCCUCGGUCCCGUCGCCGAACGCGGCCUCAAGCAGAACAAUACGAUCAACAUCUACCAAGACUACUUUGCGCACAUGGGCGAGCCGGCGACGACAGAGCAGCCCAGCGCGAAGGGCCUUGCUGUCUUCCGGGACCCGGAGAGCGUCCGACGCACCGUGUCCAAGAUCGAUUGGCACCCCGAGUCGCCCCAGCGCAUGGCCGCGUGUUACUGCAUUCUCAACUUUCAAGACCCCAAGUUUGUGAACGCCCGCAUGCCUGCCAACAGCUACAUCUGGGACGUACUUAACCCCAACACUCCGGAAGUCGUGCUCAAGCCGCUGAGUCCGCUCUGCUGUCUGCGCUACAACCCCAAGAGCGUCGACCAGCUCGUCGGCGGCUCGUACAAUGGCCUUAUCUCGUUCUUUGACAUCCGCAAAUCCGGGUCGUCGCCCGUCGAGACGUCGAUGAUCGAACACUCGCACCACGACCCUGUCUACGACGUCUUUUGGAUCUCGUCGAAAACCGGCAACCAAUGCGUGUCCGUCUCGACAGACGGCUCGAUGCUGUGGUGGGACAUUCGCCACCUCGCGCAGCCCACGCACCGCAUCAUGCUCUCCGAUAAGGACGGCCAAGUGCUCGGCGGCUCGUCCAUGGAGUACAACACGGAGGCGGGCCCGACCAAGUACCUCGUCGGUACCGAGCAAGGGAUUGUGCUCUCUGUGAAUUUACGCAACAUCAAGCAAAACAACGGUAUCACUGUCUACGACACGGGCGCGGGGAAGCACCAUGGCCCAAUCUACACGGUCCAGCGCAACCCAACACACAACAAGUUCUUCCUCACGAUCGGCGACUGGACGGCGCGCGUCUGGUGCGAAGACCUCAAGACCCCUAUCAUGAGCACGACGUACCACGACUCGUACGUGACAGCCGGGUGCUGGUCGCCGACGCGCGCCGGCGUCUUCUUCGUGACGCGCAUGGACGGCGUCGUCGACGUGUGGGACUUUUUCUACCGGCAAAACGUCGCGGCCUACUCGCACAAGGUGGGCGACGUGCCGCUCUCGUCCAUUGCUGUGCAGGGCAAUGCGCAGUCGGGCGGGAAGCUCGUGGCCGUUGGCGACUCGAAUGGCAUGAUCUCGCUUCUCGAAGUGUCGGACGGCCUCGCCAGUCCCCAGAGCAACGAGAAGGCCGCGAUCAACGGCAUGUUUGAGCGCGAAACGAAGCGGGAGAAAAACUUGGAGGCGCGCGAGAAGGAGCAGAAGCGCAAGAAGGCGACGAUGGACGACGGCAAGGUCGAGGAGCUGCCGUCGACCAAAGAUGAGAAAAUGGAGGAGCUGCUCCGAAGCGUCGACGCCAACUUCCUCAACAUGAUCAAGGAGGCCGAAGACACGGAGAACAAGAACAUGGAGCACAAGUCGGACAAUAGCAAGCCUGGCGACGAAGACAAUUAG